UACCCUCCCUCUUUUCUUGACGCGAUUUUGCAAGGUUUCUACAUUUGCCGGUUCUUUCAGUUGAAAUAGUCCCUUUCCUUCUCCCAUUUCUUGUUCUCCCUCUUGGGACUCGAAGGCUUUAAAAUUGUUGGGUAUUCACUUCUCCUCUCGUAGUUCUUUCGGUUUUUUCUUUCUGCACAUUCGUUGGGUUUCUCCAGGGAGAAAUUGUUCUGCGUUCACGUUACUUAGGACACCGUUGUUUCUUGUUAAAUUGAUUUACCCCCUCACCUUGCUCUUCCUCUAACCAAAUUCUGCAAAGUGUUCUUGCUUACUGCUUAGUGGUGACUUCGAGAGAAUGUUUGGUUCUAAGAAAUCUCCCUUGAAGUUCUCAAAACACAAUUCUGUUGAUCCUGUCUAUCCUGUCCAAUCAAAGUCAAACCCGUUUGAUUCUGAUGAUUUGGCAAAGGACGGCAAAAAUUAUAAUUCCUCUAGGAGGAGUUCCUCAGAUCCUACCCUGGUAACAACAGAGGUCAAGACCAACCCUUUUGAUGAUUAUGAUGUAAAUGGGAACUCUUCAUUAUCUUCCUAUGCCCCUCGAUCAGCAGACCGAAACAAGUAUAAGAAUGAUUUUCGUGACUCAGGAGGAAUAGAAAAUCAGUCAGUGCAAGAAUUGGAGAAUUAUGCUGUUUACAAGGCUGAGGAGACGACAAAAUCAGUUAACAAUUGUUUGAAGAUAGCAGAGGAUAUGAGAGAGGAUGCUACCAAGACUUUAGUCACCCUGCAUCAACAAGGAGAGCAGAUUACCAGGACUCACCAUGUUGCCGUCGACAUUGAUCAGGAUCUUAGUCGGGGAGAAAAGCUCUUGGGAAGCCUUGGUGGCAUGUUUUCCAAAACUUGGAAACCAAAGAAGACACGCAACAUAACUGGCCCUAUUAUAUUUGGAGAUGAUCCAGUACGAAGAAAGGGCAGCCACUUGGAGCAGAGAGAGAAGUUGGGAUUGAGCCCUGCACCAAGAGGGCAGUCAAAGUCCCGGACACCACCUCCUGAACCGACAGAUGCCCUUCAAAAAGUUGAGUUUGAGAAGGGGAAGCAAGAUGAUGCACUGUCAAAUUUAAGUGAUAUCUUGGGAGAGCUGAAAGACAUGGCUAUUGACAUGGGACCCGAAAUGGAUAGGCAAAACAAGGCCAUUGAUCAUAUGUACAAUGAUGUGGAUGAGUUGAAUUUCCGCAUGAAAGGUGCUAACCAACGUGGCCGUCGUUUACUUGGAAAAUAGGGGGCAGAGUUUUCAUAUUCAUUUCCAGCUUCUCCUAUUGCCUUAUACUGAUCCUUUACUUUUCGCUGUUGUAUUUUUCUUUUACUUUUUUGGGAUCAAUAAAACAAAUUCUUCAAUACAUAUGAUUUUUGUUUGCACAAUUUUAAAUGUGCAACGUAUUAAACUUCACCUGCCUGUUUCCAGGAUUUAUGACUAGUCUUCCCGACUUCCCCA